AUGGCUGGAGAAACUAGGACUGAGAACCCAGAUGGUACCUACACCAUCACCUAUCCUUCUGGUAAAAAGAUCAUGUACGAGAAGGAUGGCAGACCAUGUCGUUCUUGUAACACCUUAUUGGAUUUCAGAAGUGUCAAUAUGAUGAAAAAAACCGGUAGCUCAUUCAAUCAAGCCGCGACUGCUGUUGGUGGUAGUGGUGCUGCGGCAGGAGCAGGAGCAGCAGCAGUAGCAGCAGUUGCCGUCGCCGCUACCAAAGCCACUAGUGAUGAUGCUUAUGCCAAAGAUUGUCCUCCAGAUGUCACCCAAUUGGGUAAUGGGACAUGGAGUUUAUUACACUCGAUCGCCGCAAAGUAUCCUGAAACCCCAACCGACGCACAACAAAAAGAUUUGAAGAAUUUCGUGGGUAUUUUGAGUAGAAUCUACCCAUGUUGGUUCUGUGCCGAUGAUUUCAAGAAAUAUAUUGCCAAAAAUGAGGUCAAGGUGAAGUCCCAAGACGAUUUUGGCAAAUGGUUAUGUGAUGCUCAUAAUUCUGUCAAUGUGAAAUUAGGUAAACCUAAGUUCGAUUGUAAUUUGUGGAAAGAACGUUGGAAGGAUGGCUGGAAAGAUGGAAGUUGUGAUUGA